CAUUUCUCAUCCACAAUCAGACAAAAUCUGAAAAGAAACUUAUAUUUCAUCCUCAUCCCCAAAUUUUCCUUCAGAAAAUAAAAAAUGCCGUCACGAUUCUCAGGUGCAAUCACUCAAGACUGGGAACCAGUAGUACUCCACAAAUCAAAGCCAAAACCAUCAGAUCUCAGAGAUCCAAAAGCUGUGAAUCAAGCAUUAAGAGCAGGUGUUUCAGUAUCAACAGUGAAGAAAUCAAACGCUGGUUCUAACAAGAAAUCAUCAUCAGCAGUUCCAGUCAUAGAUGCAAGGAAGCUUGAUGAAGCAGGUGAACCAGCAGCGUUAGAGAGAGUUUCAACUGAAGUUAGACAGGCGAUUCAGAGAGCAAGAUUAGAGAAGAAGAUGAGUCAAGCUGAUUUGGGAAAACAGAUUAAUGAAAAACCUCAUGUUAUUCAAGAGUAUGAAAGUGGGAAGGCUAUUCCUAACCAGAUUGUUUUGGGGAAACUUGAGAGAGUUCUUGGUGUUAAGCUCAGAGGCAAAACUCAUCAUGGAAAGUGAGGAGGAGUUUCAGAUCUGGGGUGUGAGGUGUUGGUAGGUUCAUGUUUUUAGGGUUUAGAUGUGGAAAGUUGUAAAAAAAAAAAAGGGGAAAAACAAAAUAGUGUGUUCUGAAAGUGUUUGUGAAUGUGGGUGUAAUGAGAUGUUGGAGUAUGGAAACUAAAAUGUGUUGUUGAUGAAUGGAAUUUUUAGGUUCGUUUAGAUUUAAGUUUCUGUUGAUUUCAUCGCUUUAAUUUCGUGUUUUCUGCUACUUCUGGGUGUAAUGAGAUGUUGGAGUUGAAAACUGAAAUGUGUUGGUGAUGAAUUAAUGGAAAUCAAGGAAUAUUAGUUUCUUUUAAAUC